AUGAAGAAUCUUUCAUCGUUAGUGAAUAGAGUACAAAGCGAAGCGGAUAACCAGGACGCUGUUGUUAGAGGCACCUCAAGCAGCAGCAACCUGCCAAGCAUAGAGUUGGAGGAGGAAGUAAUACAGAAAGGGAAGAAAGAUGCUGGGCUGGAUCCGGAGCAUCUAGAGUUUACUACCGAUACGUUUCCCGCCGAUGGGGUGCAAGAGGAAGAGAACGAUACGCUCAGAAUCAUGAACGAGACCGACGACGCUGAGGAGGCCAACGAGGAAGAAAAGAACAUGACUUUACUUGAAGCUCUGAGACGUUACCCCAAGGCAGCAUUUUGGUCCAUAUUGGUGUCGAGCACUUUAGUUAUGGAGGGGUACGAUACCGCGUUGCUUAACUCACUUUUCGCACUACCUGUUUUCCAAAAGACAUUUGGUUCCGUAACCAAAACUGGAUCCUAUGAAAUCACCUCAAAAUGGCAAAUCGGUUUGAAUAUGUGUGUGUUCGUCGGGGAGAUCAUAGGUCUACAACUGACAGGUUUCAUGGUGGAAUGGACAGGAAAUCGUCGCACAAUGAUCACGGCUCUCUCCUUUUUCACUGUCUUCGUUUUCAUUUUGUACUACUGCAACAGCUUAGCCAUGGUCGCAGUAGGUCAGAUAUUGUGCGCUAUGCCUUGGGGCUGUUUCCAGAGUUUGGCUGUAACGUAUGCUUCAGAAGUCUGCCCAUUGGCUUUGAGAUAUUAUCUAACAACGUACUCCAAUAUGUGCUGGUUGUUCGGUCAACUGAUUGCCGCGAUUGUUAUGAAGAACUCCGAAAGAAAUUUUUCAGACUCCGAACUGGGCUACAAAAUACCGUUUGCCAUACAAUGGGUCUUUCCGGUACCUUUAGCGCUGGGCAUCUAUUUAGCACCCGAGUCUCCGUGGUGGCUGGUGAGAAAGAGCAAAAUGGAAGAUGCCAAGAAGUCUCUGAAAAGCAUCCUCAGCGGUAGUGGCCAGGAGAAAGACAUCCAAGUAAACAUCACCCUGGAGCAAAUUAAAUUGACAAUCGAGAGGGAAAGAAUUGAAGAAAAAGGCGAAGGAUCCUUCCGCGAUUGUUUCAAGGGCGUGAAUGCGAGAAGGACCAGAAUAUCGUGCCUAACGUGGGUUGCUCAGAACAGCUGUGGCUCAGUUUUGCUUGGGUACUCGACCUACUUCUUCACAAGAGCCGGCCUAGCCACAAGCAAGGCCUUCACCUUUGCAAUUGUCCAGUUUUGCCUCGGGAUAGUCGGUACAAUUUGCUCGUGGCUCGCCUCUGGUCGUAUAGGAAGAUGGACCAUCCUCGCAGCAGGACUGGCCUUCCAGAUGGUGACGCUGUUCGUCAUCGGCGCGCUGGGCUUUUCGUCCUCUUCAAAGGCCAGCUACGGCGUGGGCGGGUUAUUGCUGGCGCUCUCUUUUUUUUACAACGCCGGUAUUGGCGCCGUCGUCUACUGCAUUGUCGCCGAGAUCCCGUCGGCCGAAUUGAGAACUCAAACCAUAGUCCUGGCGCGCAACUCAUACAACCUCAUGGCAAUAUUCAACUCUAUCUUGACCCCCUACAUGCUUAACGAGGACGAUUGGAACUGGGGUGCCAAAACAGGCCUAUACUGGGGCGCAUGCACAGCCGUCACUCUCCUCUGGGUCGUGAUCGAUCUGCCCGAAACCUCAGGCAGGACGUUUAGCGAGAUCAAUGAGCUCUUCGCACAACACGUCCCCGCCAGGAAGUUCAAGACCACCAAAGUCGAUCCUUUCCGAAACGCGCCCGCGGCUACCGAUUUGCCCAACGAUGAGCAACGCAGCCUACAAGAGCGCCAACCCCUGGUACCGAAAACCUAA